UACAUUAUGAAGCAACCGGGUCCGUCUUCGUAUUUUAUUUGAAGAAUUCAACAAACACACGAGCUGUUGACGAAAACAACACAUUUCUGCGAUCAUCAAUCAAGAAUCAAAAUGCUCCGAGCGGUAGCGUUCCAAAAUUUCAUAUACUUUCGGGAUCAUCAAUCACUGGAAUUCGAGGAUGGACCUAAUUUCAUCGUCGGACCGAAUGCAAGCGGGAAAACUGCCAUUUUUGAACUGAUCAGGAGAUGUCUAUCAAAUACUGCGAACGCUUCAACUUCGAGAGUAGCAGACAAACAUUCUCCUGCUUUUGUGAUAUGCAAGUUUGAAAUUACACAGAAGUUAUCAGACAAAGUUCCCGCGGGAUGCCAUGUUUAUUCAUGUCUGUAUAUAAAGCACUCGAAAGACGAUUCCAAGGAAAUGUACAAACUUGUUUGUAUCACUAACACGGACGGACAACAAGGGAAAUGUUAUCUUGAAUACUUCCAAAGUGUUAAUGUCUGUGGUCCACUACCAGAACCCAAAGCAUUUACCUUACCCACUAAUAGCACCGAAAUGUCACAGGAAUUAUAUAGUCUGAUAAAGAGUGAACGUUCACUUGAUAAUUUGGAUGGCAUGAUUCAGAAAAUGAUGGAAAGCAAACAACAACCUGAUAUGAAUAUAGAGCCUGGGGUCAGUGGAUGUGAAAAUAUUCUCCAGGCUAUACACGAGGCUGUUGUCGUUACCUUUCCCAUACGUUCUCCGGGGCCCAUACAAUAGAGCCAUAGUAGAAACAUUGGGGAAGGAAAUGAGCAUUACAAUGCAGCCUCAAACAAGGCGGAGAUACUUCAAGAGCUGCUACAAUCACCUGAUGUCGAUGAGGUAGAAGAAUCAAACCAAAUUUUCGAGACGAUUAUCCAUCCGUUAAAAUACCACUUCAAAACGAAUCCAGACUCAACCAUUACAGUUAAUGAUGGUGCACAAGAUAUACGAUUUCUGAAAGUACCGGAAGGAAUCAUUGAAGCAAAGCAAUUUUCCUUGAUGUUUGCACACAGGAAAUAUCAAACAUUAAUGUUAGAGGAACCGGACCGAGGCAUGCAUCCUCCCAUGAUUCAGAAGUUACGGGAUCUAGUAUUACGAAGGCACAACCAGGCCUGGAAGAUGGUGCUUGUGUUUACCUCACAUCAACCAGCGAUGAUCAACCGAUGGGCAAUGGACCGAAUGUACGUGUGCAGGAGAAAGAGGACGAACGACGGGAAGAUGAAACACUCCGUUUUCAGAUUAAAAAGGACAAUCGAAAACAUCUUUCAAGAACAGGACAAACUGAAGCAAAUGCUGUACUCUUCAAGUAUACUUUUUGUUGAAGGUAUCACAGACAAAACAGUGGUGGAAUCAAUAUUCGAUCGGGUGUUGGAGGCUGAGCACAUUGAUGAAGAAAUGCUCGAUUUGCAAAAGGUAGUUUCAGGAAUUCAAGUCAUUUCUAUCGACGGAUCAACACCAUACAAUGUUCUGAAAACGAUGGGAGAAAAACUCGAACUACCAUGCGCGUUCCUCUUUGACAGUGACAGCGUAUUUGAAUGUCAGACGAAAGUUCAGCCGAAAACUGGUGGAAAAAAAUGGAGAAAUUCAACUUUAUUUUGCGUUAGAAUUCUCCUCAAAAGAAUGAAGGAAAAACAUCACGGAGAUAGAGUGGAAAAAUCAAAGGAGAAAACGAAAGACGGAACAUUUGAACUAGUUAUGAAAACGCGUACAGCUAAUGAUCAGAAAAUACAUAAUGUGCUGGGCUUAAAGGAGAGCGAUUUAUCCGAUGUCAAGUGGACCACGGUUGAAUCGUUUAUAAGAUCUGUUGUACUGCCUGAAACGUUCGGGUUAAACUCAAAAGCAGCCGGACCUUAUACCUUACCAGAAAACAUCAAAGAUAGCAAGGAUGAGCAAUUAAUCAGAAACCACAUGAGAGAAGAGAAAAGGGUUUUCCUUUGGGAUUCUGGAAACCUUGAGGAUAUGAUUUGUAGAAGCAUUUUGGAUUCUGGAAAUCAGGCAGAUGAUCUCCUGCGAAAAGUUUUUCUAUGUGAAAAAUAUGACGAGGACGCAAGUACACUCAAAGAUCCGGUGAAGCAGACCCUCAAGCAAAUGGAUAUCACAACAGCAGAAAAACUUUCUGAAUGUCUGCUUAACAGUACUGAAAUGAAGGCAUUUUUUGAAUUUCUGAAGCAAAUCGAGGAAAAAAGACCACAGCUUUGAUACAAAAAAUUGUGUAAGAGCAACGUAUUUCUCCAUUAUUUGUUACUCUUGGACUGAAAGACAAUAGACAAAAGGAACAAUCCUAUAUAUGACAGACACAAUGACAAAGAGAUCCUUCUGGUGGAAGGAUAUAGGACGAUAUGAAGAUGGUAGAAACGAAUUUUAAGCCCAACAGGAAUUGGCCAGUAUAAUCUUUCCAGGAAACGAAAUUAUCUAAACAUUGAAAUGGUCAAGUCAAAGAACUUCAAAUUGACACACAAUUUAUUGAUUUCAUAUGACAGCCUUGGUGUUAAUUGUUUCUCAUUUCGUAAUAAACAUGCUGAUGUUUAUUGGCAUCAGUACGGCCGACACUGUGAACGUCGAGUAUGCGAAUCUACGGUCAAAAUUGAAGUGUUUGCGGUGUCCGACGUUCUCUACGAAAACGAUUUCCUGAAGUUCAUUUCCAUCCUGAUGAUAGUCGAUAACGUAAGUAAAAAAACCUAAACGAGUCAUUACAAUUCUAGGGAAUAGAGAUGUUGACAACAAAACCCCAGAAAUUAAGGAUUUGAUUAUAGCAAACAUUAAGUUAGUCAUGCUUUCAACAACUGAUCAGAUAUCGCUGUAGUAAGAAGGUAAGUGCGUACAUAGACGUAUACAUAGUAACAAACCACCCCGGUGUGAUCAUAUAAUUAUCACUGUAGUAAGAAGGUAAGUGCGUACAUAGACGUAUACAUAGUAACAGCACGACCCCGGUGUUACACCGAUCAUAUAUCACUGUAGUUAGAAGGUAAGUGCGUACAUAGACAUAUACAUAGUAACAACACGACCCCGGUGUUACACCGAUCAUAUAUCACUGUAGUAAGAAGGUAAGUGUUACAUAGACGUAUACAUAGUAACAACACGACCCCGGUGUUACACCGAUCAUAUAUCACUGUAGUAGGAAGGUAAUUGCGUACAUAGACGUAUACAUAGUAACAACACGACCCGGUGUUACACCGAUCAUAUAUCACUGUAGUAGGAAGGUAAUUGCGUACAUAGACGUAUACAUAGUAACAACACGACCCGGUGUUACACCGAUCAUAUAUCACUGUAGUUAGAAGGUAAGUGUUACAUAGACAUAUACAUAGUAACAACACGACCCCGGUGUUACACCGAUCAUAUAUCGCUGUAGUAAGAAGGUAAGUGUUACAUAGACGUAUACAUAGUAACAACACGACACCGGUGUAACACCGAUCAUAUAUCACUGUAGUAAGAAGGUAAGUGUUACAUAGAUGUAUGCAUAGUAACAACAUGACAACGGUGUUACACCGAUCAUAUAUCACUGUAGUAAGAAGGUUACUAUGUACACAAAUGUUAACGUAGAUUUCAAUUUCAAUAAAUUUUAUUG